AUGGCUCCAACAAAUACCUGCGUGACGAGCCAAUUACGGCAGCUCAUCCACUACCACCUUGAUAACAACCUGCUAAAGAACGCUCUCUUCUUUGCUGAACGUCUAGCAGCUUACGACCCCAGAUCAGCAGAAUCGGCAUACCUCGUCGCGCUGUGCCAUUUACGGCUUGGUGAUCAUGCAUCGGCUUUCGAGUACAGCAACCCCGCAGGAUUGAGGGGAACACACCUUGGAUGUGCGUAUGUCUUUGCGCAAGCGUCGCUGGCUCUGGAUAGGUUCAAGGAGGGAAUAGUGGCCCUGGAGAAGAGCAGAGGGCUGUGGGGAGGGAAGAAUAGCUUUGGCAAACAUACACAAUCGACACGAAACGCUUAUGCUGAUGCGGCCGCUGUCAACUGCCUAUUGGGAAAGCUUUACUACGGACAUAACGACCAAAAGAAGGCUAUUAGCAAUUUCGAGGAGGCAUUGAAGUUGAAUCCAUUCAUGUGGGACGCAUUUACGAAUCUCUGUGACAUGGGCACCAAGCUCAAUGUGCCAAAUAUCUUCAAGAUCAGUCCUGAGAUGGAGGCAAUUCUGAAGAGCAAUGUCCCCGAGCAGUGGGAUACACAACAACCGGCAAAGGAUACGACCCUUUCGACUAUGCUCGACCACGCACAGAAUAGGCCUGGAGCGAGACCCACAGCGAGCGUCGACCCUGCAGAUCCGUUUAGUAACGUCUCAUCACGAAGCUUUGCGGGAGGAUUAUUCUCGAGUUUUGGCGCGCAACAGAAGCUGAAUGAGAGUAAUCCAAGUUUAACCAACCUCCCGGCGGCCGGGGGUGGAGGCAUUGGCCCGGAGGCCAUGGAGACGCCAACUGGACCAAGCGCUUCCAUCGAUGUCUCACUUGCCCCUAACCGAAAAGAUGCGUACCAUAUCGAACCACCUCAAGCACCAGCUCGAAAAUCUCGAACAAUUCCAGGCCUUGGCAUGGAUUUCAGUAUGGAUGCUCCAAAAAUGAGUCGCACAGUGUCUACAAGACGACUACAGAAAGCCACAGAAUCUACGGAGGACCCGGCAACCACCCAAGCUACACGCAAUCAUAAUUUACAUGCUGCGGGGGGAGAGAGAAAGCGGACGGUUUCAGGACAAGUCGUGCCAAGACAAACGUCUGAAGAACCGGGAGCGCCUCAAAGAAGAAGUGUCAGAUUGAUUAAUCAGUUCAGGCCGGCGAGUAGCAAAACGUCAACUAACGCCCCAUCAGUCGGGCCAAAUCCAGGACGAGAAUUGAAAAAGGCAAGGCCGCCAAUAUCGAAGAUCAUGAGGCCUGGGUCGAGUACUACUACCGUGGGUCGACAGGUCAGCGGAAACAGGAAGCCGAUGGAGGAUUCUAUGGACAUAGAUCAAAAGGAGCCAAACAUCAAAGCCUCCAAUCAGACGGCUGCUACUCUCACGCAGCCGAAGCCAUCAGAAGCUGACCUUACGAAACAGGAGGAAGCUCUACGUUUUCUUCUUGACUUGUGCAAGAAGCUCGGAUGCGGUUACUUUGCCUUGUCCCAGUUUCAGUGCCUGGAAGCAUUGCAGAUCUACAGUGGACUUCCUCGGGCACAACAAGAGACCCCUUGGGUGAUGGCACAGAUGGGACGCGCACAUUACGAGCAAGCAUCCUAUGCUGAGGCUGAGCUGUACUAUAAACGGAUACGUCAAGUGGCACCCACUAGAUUCCAAGACAUGGAGAUCUAUUCCACGAUUCUCUGGCAUCUAAAACGCGAGGCUGAUCUCGCAUUCCUGGCUCAUGAGCUUGUUGAUUCCUCCUGGCUAUCUCCCCAAGCUUGGUGUGUGCUGGGAAAUUCCUGCUCACUCGCCAGAGAUCAUGAACAAGCACUUCGCUGUUUCAAGCGUGCCACGCAACUCGAUCCUAACUUUGCAUAUGCUUUCACACUUCAAGGCCACGAGCAUGUUGCGAACGAGGAAUACGACAAAGCACUUACAUCCUAUCGACAAAGCAUAGCUGCAGAUCCACGGCAUUACAAUGCAUGGUACGGACUUGGGCGCGUCUAUGAAAAGCUUGGUAACUAUGACAAGGCUUUUAACCAUUUCAUGAAAGCUUCAAAGAUCAACCCUACAAAUGCAGUAUUGAUAUGCUGCAUCGGAACCGUGCUGGAGAAGCAGAAGCAGCCACGCCAAGCUCUUUUAUACUUCACUCAAGCUACAGAAUUAGCGCCCAGGUCGGCGUUGACCAGGUUUAAGAAAGCCAGAGCGCUUAUGUCGUUGGGAGAUUUGAAUUCGGCGCUAAAGGAAUUGAUGAUCUUGAAGGAUUUGGCGCCCGAUGAGGCCAUGGUGCAUUUCUUACUCGGAAGGCUCUACAAGAGUCUGAGAGAGACGGGACUAGCUGUCCGGCAUUUCACAAUUGCCCUGAAUCUGGACCCGAAGGCUAGUCAGCAAAUCAAAGAGGCCAUCGAGAGCUUAGAAGAUGAAGACGACGAAGAUGAGUCGAGCAUGAUGGCAUGA